AUGCAUUUGUCUUUGUGUGGAUACUGUGGCAGCUCCCAGAUGUACAUGCAGACAAUGAAGUUGUUUUCAAAGGUUCCCCUCCCAGAAACCGCUAUGAAAUCAAAUCCGACGCGUUCCCGGCGCCCAAGCCUGGCGAGCAGGCUGUGUUCGGAAACAGGUUGUUGCACUGGCACCAGAUAUACUGCGGAAAGAACCGGGUCUGCCGGAAACCACGUGGCCUCCAGUUGCUACCGCUGUGCGCCAUGUCAGUGUGACCUCAACUGCAGCCAUUUUGAGGACUGUUGUCCGGACGUUGUCCUGGAGACAAGUCACGACAACUUCCUGAAACCGUUCACCGGAAGUUACCCUAGCGUGACGUCAUGUGAAAAUACCGAGCUACAAGACCCUCCGUUUGAGUACAGUGCCAGUGAGAAGGACACAAGAACCAGAAGACAGUCGGACCUCCUGACGGCGUACAGACUUGAAAAGGAAACGCGAAGCCAGAGCUACUUUAUGGUAACAGGAUGUCCACAGACCUACUCGGGUGACGUCCAUGAAUGCCAGGACAGUGGAACUAUUGCCCCGGUGAGUUCCGUCACCAACGACUCCGCCCAGGUUUUCAUCAACAUAAACUGUGCACUCUGCCACGAUGUAGUUGAUACAAUCCCAUGGAACAUCCAGAUCUCCUGUGAGAACAAAAAAAACUUCUCCAGCCUGUACACCCCCCGGGAGGUUCUCCUGAUGUCUCUGUCACAGCCAGACUGCGUAUUGGCCUACCUUCCACCAUCUUCCCAUGCUGCCAGGAAGUGCUACUCGGAACCGGCCAUGAUUAGUCGAUGUAAUGUCACCGGAAAUUGGAAUAAACGAGACUCAUUUUUGGAAAGAGCUUGUCACAGUUUCCUAACUCCAAAAGUGGUGGAUAAAAUUAUGUAUAAAAAUGUGUUUUGUUUCAUGUGUAACCAUGACGACGAGCCAGAAACCCACAUGCUGCUAACGUCAUGUCAGAAGCAUCCAAUGAGCUGGAGCCCACCGCUAGAGGUCAGUCUACGACACGAGGAUCUACAGCAAACAGACUCGGUGAAGCGUUCGUUCGGGGAUGUCCGCUACAGGACUUGUAACAGUCGAGGCAUAUACGAUCAUAUAGAGGAGUCAUGCAGGGACGUGGUGUGUGAGCUGGGCCAGCAGAUGGUGGCAGCCAAGUGUCAGCCAAUGUUCGCUUCCCUCCGGGGCCUGGCCUUUGAGCUCUACUUCGGUCUACACGCCAGUGAACCCAUCGACAUAUCAGGUGACCACGGCCUUCUACAUCGUCUACCGACAGAGAUGGAGGUUUAUUUGGGACAGACUCUACUGCAGGGACAAGUCAAAUUACAGGACUUUGCCAUGUCUUUCAACACAACUGGACAUGAUGGCCGGUGUAGCCAGACAUCCAGGGACCUAGGCGUCUAUGCCAGGUUGAUCAGUGAAUCACUCAACGAUCAGACACAGCUGCAGAACGACCUACUGCAAGUUCGACAUGCCAAGUUCAGCAUUGUCAUCCAGGCUUGGAAUAUGUCGUUUCAGGCAUUCCCCAGUGAAACUGUAUGGCACACCUUGCAGCCUCUGAGAAGACAGGCGCCGCAGACACUGUCUUCCUGUGUCAUCAUGGUCUCUAACAGCCACAUGGGACUUCGACGAG